CAGCCUUGAAGCAGCUACAUCAAGUGCUGCCAUUCUAACUAAGAAAACAAUUUCAAAAGCCUUUAGUGUAUCUGAGUAUCAAUAUGAACUCGCAUAUAUACUGGAUAACUAAGUUUAGUUGGCUGCUAGUAUUCAUGCUGGUUUUCUGGCAUCGUGCCACACAAGGAUUACCUUCUUUUUCACCCAAUGAGUGUGAACCCGGCCUUUCAGUGGAUCCCAGAGAGUGCGCGCAUGGCGCGUUUGACUUAAAUACGAACCGCACGAACUGCGAACCUCGUAUGGUUUGUUAUAGGAAUAUAGGUGAGCCUUGCCAGGAGCUUGUCGCUAGCAGCAAUUGCUUGCCACCGCUGGUUUGUAAUUGUGGUAAGUGUAGUGAAGUGUUGAGCUACUUAUGCCGCAAAAAAAUGCCACCGAUAUUAAAUAUGUCAAAGCGUAUAAAACCAGUUUAUACGGAAUAUGUCUAUUAAGAUGUCGUUGAAUGCUGGAAUACCAAAAAAAAAUCUUUAGACGGACAAAGAUGGAAGCAACGAACCAAAGGACUAACGCUUGAAACUUGAUAAAUAGUUACAAAAUAUCAAAAACUAAUCGAAAAAGCAUGCUAAAAUGCGUAAAAGAUGUAUAUUCCAUAUUAUGAGUGAUAUUAACCCGCAGUAUUGAUAUAACCUUAAGUAUAAUGUAUGCUCUGAGCCAGUAGUUAACUAAAAAAUGUUAUAAACAUAAUUCAUGUUAAUAAAAGUACUUGCAAAAUUACAAAAAGUA